UCUUCUUUGCAGACUGAACAACUGUAAACUCACACAGAAGUGCUGUAAUAUUGUGGCCUCAGCUCUCCAGUCAUCAAACUCACCCCUGAGAGAUCUGGAUCUCAACUACAAUAACCUGGGAGAUUCAGGAGUGGAGCUGCUCUGUGCUGGACUGAGGAGUCCAAACUGUAAACUACAGAGACUGGGGCUGGGUUGGUGUAAUCUCACAGAGGGCUGCUGUGAUGUUCUGGCCUCAGUCCUGCGUUCUCCUGACUCAGAGCUGAGAGAUCUGGAGCUCAGAGACAACGAGCUGCAGGAUUCAGGAGUGAGAGCGCUCUCUGCUGGACUGGAGGACCCACACUGUAAUCUGCAGAGACUGGGGCUGUCAGGCUGUAGAGUCACACAGAGAGGCUGUGAUUCUCUGGCUUCAGCUCUGUGUUCAAACCCCUCACACCUGACAGAGCUGGACCUGAGAUACAAUCACCCAGGAGACUCAGGAGUGAGAGCGCUGUCUGCUGCUAAACUGGACACACUCACACUGCUUGUAGACCAUGGAGGAGAGAACAUGACCAAACCAGGACCCAGGAAAUACGGCUGUCAGCUCACACUGGAUCCAAACACAGCGUACAGAGGGCUGUCUCUGUCUGAGGGGAACAGGAAGGUGACACACACACCAGGGAGUGAGCAGCCAUAUCCUGAUCAUCCAGAGAGAUUUGAGCACGAGCGCCAGGUUGUGUACAGAGAGAGUGUGUGUGAGCGCUGCUACUGGGAGGCUGAGUUCAGUGAGUCUGAGUGGUGGGGGGAGGUUUCUAUAGCAGUGACAGAUAAAGGAAUCGGCAGGAAAGGAGAGGGUUCUGACUGUAGGUUUGGAGAGAAUAAAAACUCCUGGAGUCUGGAGCGCAAGUUCAGUUACUCUGAUGUAUUAAAAUGCUCUGUCUGUCACAAUAACAACAAAACACACCUACCUGCCCCCCCCCCCUCCUGCAGAGCAGGAAGGCGUGUGUACAGGGUAGGGGUGUGUGUGGACCGUCCAGCCGGCACUCUGUCCUUCUACAGCGUCUCUGACUCUGACACACUGACCCUCCUGCACAGAUUCCACACACAAUUCACUCAACACACACCCCUCUGUGCUGGAUUUAGUGUGCUUGGCUCCUCAGUGUCCCUCUGCAAACUGGAGUAGAGACACCCACACACACACAUUCACGUACGCGCACACACAAACAUGCACGUGCACACACGCAUACACACACACACACACGUGCGCAUAUACACUUCCACGCAUGCACGCGCGCACACACCACGUUCUUAUACCCACUCACACACACACACCACACACACUCAUAUACACAUACACACACACACUCAAUCACACACUCAAACACACUCAGAUACACAUACACACACACACACACAUCCACACACACACAUACUCUCACACACACCCUUUCUCUCUCACACUCAUGCACACACACUCACACACCUACGCACGCACACACUCGUGCGCACACACUCACACUUACACACACAUACACACUCUCACACCCAAUCACUCUCACACCUUAUCACACACAUGCACACACACACCUACGCACAUGAACACACACAAUCUCUCGCACACACAAACACACACAUUCACCAGUUCACUCUCACGCGCACACACACACAUGCAUGCGUACGUACACACGCUCAUAACCGUAUGCACACACACACAAUCUCUCGCUCUCACACACACACUCACAUCCACAGUCAAACGCACACACACACAAACUCAAGCACUCACGCACACACACAUGCGUGCAGACACAAACACGUGUUAACACACAUUCACAUUCCCAUACGCGUGCACACACAUGUAUAAACACACACACACAUUUGCUUACCCAUGCACACACACACACUGAUGUACACGCACUCACACCCACGCACGCACGCACUCGUGCACACACACUUACACACUCUCUCACCCAAUCAUUCGCACACCCAAUCACACACAUGCACACACACACAAACUCAUGCACUCACGCACACACACAUACAUGCGUGCAGAGACACAAACACGUGUCAACACACACUCCUCAGUGUCCCUCUGCUAACUGGAGUAGAGACACACAAACAUGCACACACACAAACAUGCACACACACACACACGUACACACACACACGUGCGCAUACACACUCGAUCGCAUGCACACACACGCAUAUAUAUAUAUAUAUAUAUAUAUACACACACUCAUAUACACAUACACACACACACUCAAUCACACACUCACACACACAUAAACACAAACACUCAUAUACACCUAGACCCUCACACACCCACACCUACACACACACACACACUCACAUACACACAUACACAUAUAUAUACACACACACACUCAUACACACACACACUUACAUACACAUACACACACACUCAAUCACACACUCACACAUAUAUACACACACUCAUAUGCACCUAGACCCACACUCACACACCUACACACACUCUCGCACACCCAGUCACACACACACAGCCUCUCUCUCUCACAUACACUCCAUCACACACACACAUACUCUCACACACACCCUUUCUCUCUCAGUCAUGCACACGCACUCACAAAUACAUACACUCAUGUUUACUCAUGCACACGCACUCACACACCUACGCACGCACACUCUCUCACACCCAGUCACACACACACCUACACACGGACACACACAAUCUCACGCACACACACAGACACGCACAUGCAAACAUACACACUCUCAUACCCGUAUGCACACACACUCUGUCUCUCACUCACACACUCACAUACAGUAUACAGACACACACAUUCGCAAAUGCACGCACACACACACUCAUGCACUCACGCACAAACACAAACGUGUCAACACACACACAUUCUCAUUCCUAUACGCACACGCACACACACAUGUAAAAACACACACAUUCUCUUACCCAUACGCAAAGACACACAUACUCAUGCACUCACAUGUGCACACACCAUAUACACAUGUAUGCACAAACAUUCUCAUACCCAUACAUACAUACACACACAUACACAAAGGCACUCUCACACACACAUACACACACUCAUUCUCUUGCAGGCACACUCACUCAAAUACAGUCACACGCACAUUCACACAAACGCACGCACACACACUUUCUCUUACCUUACACACAUGCACCCGUGUGCACACACACAUACUCAUGCACUCAAUCAUACUCUCACACAUGCACACACAUAUACAUGCGUGCACACACAUACACACAUUCUCUUACCCAUACACACACGCAACCCGGGCACACACACACACACACACAUAUUCAUGCACUCACACACAUACACACACACAUGUUCACAUCCACAGUCACUCCCACAAACGUACGCAUGCAUGCGCACACAUUCACAAAUACACCCACGCAAACACACUCUCACCCAAUCACACACACAGACACACACGUCGACACACUUGCAACCUUCCUUGACCAAUGCCUUACCAGUGCAAUUUCAGCUGUGCCCAAUAUUAUCCUCAGUACAGCUUAACCCCUGUACAUAAGAAUAUGAUUUUUUAGCAGGUUCAGGUUAAGCACUUGCUGUCUAAAUAUGAUUUUAUUUUUUUACAUUUUAAUACAUUCAUAUUGCAAAUGUUCAAGGUGUGUUUAUGUACUUUUGAUUAUUAAAACAUUAAUAUAACAUUGAGAGUAAUAAUGCCAAAAGAUGGCAAGGUAAAAUAUUUUUGAAGUAAUAAUUCUGUCUCCUGUAUCUGCAUCUUUUUUUAAAGAAGCCAGUGGCAAACUCCUCCACUUAAAUGUGCAUUUUACUAGUUUUUACAGUUGCUUUCAUUCAUUUUCACAAGAGUUCCAAUGUGCAACUUUCUGUGGGUAAAUGCAACUGAUAGGGAGAAUGCAGAAUGAUCACUGCAGUGUACUUAUUUCCUUUCAUUAAUGUAAACAAUGAUGGACUCAGUUUCCUUAUUAAUUCUGUUAGGAUUGUUUUUUUGUUUUUUGUUUUUUUGCUUUAAUUUUCUGUAUUUUCAGACAAUAAUAUGCAAUGAUUAAACCUGAAUUAUAAAAAUAUCAAA